AUGUUUCCAGCCCCUUCAGAUGUGUCAUCCUCCUCUGAAACGAGAACAAACCCAAUUUUAGAAUGUCCAUCAUGUGGUGCUUUGGUUUGGCAAUCCGAGAGCACCGGAAGAGACCCUAUAACAAAGGAGUUACGCUUCAGCAUUUGUUGCAACCAAGGACAGAUAAAACUUCCGCCUCUGAGACAACCUCCACCUGUGUUAGAAAAGCUACUGCAAUGCAAACAAUUUCGCGACACAAUCCGAGUCUACAAUGCCCUCCUAGCUUUUACAUCUAUUGGAGCGAAAUUAUAUUACAGUGUUGUUUUCGGCAGAGGGCCAUUUACAUUCCGUAUUCAAGGCCAGACUUACCACCGUAUCGGAUCCCUCAUUCCUAAGCCAGGUUUACCACCCAAGUACCUACAGCUCUAUAUUUUUGAUACGGCAAACGAAGUUAAGAAUCGGCUUGAAGCUUUAGGUCAAACGACCUCUGAAGGCAAAGCAGACGAAGCCACAUUAAAGGUCCUUAUAGAAAUGAUGGAUGCCAACAAUUGCCUCGUAAAGGUUUUUAGGCGGGUUCGAGAUCGGUAUGAGGCGUACUCUGAACAAGAUUUUACAAUCAGUCUCAUAUCUGAUAAAGGGAAAAGCAAACAAUAUGACUUACCUGAAUCAAAUGAGGUAGCUGGACUUAUUGUCGGCGACAUGUCAGACACUAUUUGUGAGAGAGAUAUAGUCGUCCAGUUUCAGUCAACUAAUUUGAAGGAGAUACGAGAUGAUCAUCCGCUAUACAUGAGCCUACAGUACCCACUUUUGUUCCCUUAUGGUGAGUAUGGUUUCAAUACCGAAAUUCCUUUGCAUUUAGGGGAAGGAAGCUCGAGGACAAGGAAAUUCCUCAGUAUCCGGCAAUUUUAUGCCUCCCAAAUACAAACUCGGUUGAAGGAAGGAAUGACACUCAUUAAGUCUGGAUGCCUCCUCCACCAAUAUGUUGUCGAUGUAUAUUCUGCGAUCGAGGAAGACCGUCUUCGAUGGGCAAGGAACAAUCAAGACGUUCUAAGGGCUGAAUUAUACAGUAAUGUUUGUGAUGCAGUCGGAAAAGGUGACACCGAUGCGAGGACGGUUGGUAAGAGGUUUAUUCUACCACCAAGUUUUACUGGUGGGCCCCGUUAUUUGAUUGAGAAAUAUCAUGACGCAAUGGCGAUAUGCAGACAAUUUAACAAUCCUGAUUUAUUCAUCACAAUGACGGCAAACCCAAAUUGGAAAGAGAUAAAAGACCAUUUGCUAACAUACGGCGGUGAUAACCCGAAUGAUAGACCAGAUAUUGAGUGCCGAGUUUUCAAAAUGAAACUUGACCAGCUGCUAGAUGAUUUUAAGAAGGGUACAUUCUUCGCCCCAUACACAGCAGAUAAUGCUUCUGUCAUCCCUCAUAACAUAGAAAUCCUCAAGAAGUAUGCAGCUCAUAUAAACGUGGAAUGGUGCAAUAGAACAUCCGCUAUCAAGUACCUUUUCAAAUAUAUCACAAAAGGAGUCGACAGGGCGACAGUUCUGAUUGAGAAAGGACCCGACCCACCGACAUUCAAGAAAGUAAUCGACCCGCAGACAUCCGAGAAAGGUAAGGAAAAGGUCAAGAAAGCAAGGAAUGAGAUACAAGAAACAUCCGAAUUCGCCCACACCUUAACAUAUGUCCAGAUUCCUGAAUUCUUCACAUGGAACAAUAGCUCAAAAGUAUGGUCAGAGAGAAAGAGAGGAACUUCGAUUAGUCGAGUUGUUAACGUACAUACUGCCUCAGGCGAUCGUUAUUAUUUGAGGAUACUGAUAAACAAAGUGAAGGGCCCAAGAAGUUAUACAGAGCUUAAAACCUUUAACGGGGUCACAUAUCCCGAUUUCAAAAGCACUUGCUGCGCACGAGGUCUUCUGGCUAAUGAUGCUGAAUGGCACGAAGGUAUGGCCGAAAUCAACACAUGGGGUACACCUUCUCAGCUACGAGAAAUGUUUGUCACCUUACUUAUCUAUUGUCAUGUUGCUAACCCUAAGGAAUUGUGGGAUAAGUGCUGGAAAUCAUUGAGUGAGGACAUCCUCUACAAGAAACGUAAGGAAUUCAAACAUGCGCAGCUAGAAAUAGAUGAUGCAAAGCUCGAGCAGUAUACAUUACUUGAACUCGAGAAGGUUUUGCGGAACCAAGAACACACCCUUACUGAUUUUCCAGGAAUGCCUACUCUAGAUCCUCUCUUACUUAAAGAGCUAGGUAAUACUUUGUGGCAACAAGAGCUACAGUAUAAUGUCAACGAAGAGAAGAGUAGACUUGACACCCAGUACAACUUGCUGACCGGUGAACAAUUGGUCGUCUAUCAAGCAAUUAUUGAGUCGACUCAGGAUGACUAUGGGAAGCUAUUUCUCGUCUAUGGGGCUGGAGGCACAUGCAAAACAUUUUUAUACCAGACAAUCAUUUCAAGACUGCGGUCAGAGAAAAAGAUAGUCCUUCCCGUUGCUUCAUCUGGAAUAGCAGCCCUACUACUACCAGGUGGCAGAACUGCCCACUCACGUUUCAAUAUCCCAAUCGAUCUAAAGGCCACGUCAACCUGCCACAUUACACCUGGAACUAUGCUCGCAUAG